UACCGUUACUACUUUUUUUUUACCAUGGUCCCUCACACCGACACGUUCUUUGGAACGUAAACAAAACUCAAACCAGUCCGAGACACAACUCGUUGUGCGGCUGUCGUAGUUUGCCGUUGUGCGUAUCUCACGUGUGUGCUGCUCGAAUUUUCUCUUUUGGUCGGUAGUUUUGUUUAGUUUUGUGUCGUCAGUUUUAUUUUUAAAAACGAAUAUGAUUUUUGUAACAAUCGUGGUUGAUCCGUUGAGUUUUUCUGUUUUCAAAUGUUUAACCGCGCGUUUUUAAAUUAUAUACAGUUACCGUUUAAUUGUCCACCUGCUCGUCGGUCGGUGGAUAUAAUAUAAUAAUAUUCGUUUGUUCUUGUUUUUUUUGUUAGUGUUUUUGACGAUUCUAAAAUAAUAAGAAUCGGAGCGACGCCUGAAAACAAUUUUGAGACGUUUCAGAUGAAUUCUCCGAACAAUCUGUAAAUAUGUGGGGUUGUUCGAGUUGCGGAACACGUCGUCUGGUCAACUUGCUGGUCUUUACCGUUUUGAUUAGUUUGACCGAGGCUUGGCAACAGAAUCUUCCGCCAAAGAACAGUGUCAGAUAUGGCGCAUUCAAUUCCGACCAAAUAUUUCACGGAAAUAAGACCGCCACAGACUACUUCAAAAUACUCCUCCAAGAUCAGACGACAGCACUAAUAGGAUCCAGAAAUGUACUUUACAACAUCAGUUUGGACACCAUGAAGGAAAAUCACAAAUACUAUUGGAAUUCUUCAGAAGCGAAUUAUGAAAUGUGUCAGUUGAAGGGCAAAUCGGAGGACGAUUGCCAAAAUUACAUAAGAGUCGCGUACAAAAAGAACGACGAAGAACUGUUCGUCUGUGGUACCAACGCUUUUCAUCCGAUGUGCAAAAUAUUCAAUUUGACCGAUGGCACCAAAGGCGUGGAGGAAAUGGACGGACGGGGUAGAUGUCCGUACGAUCCGUUGCACAACAGCACGUCCAUAUACGCCGGCGACCAAUUAUACUCGGGAACCGUGGCCGACUUUUCCGGCAGCGACCCACUCGUAUACAAAGAGCCGAUGCGGACCGAACGCCUGGACUUCAAGCAACUGAAUGACCCGAAUUUCGUGAGCUCGUUGGAAUACAAGGAUUACAUAUUUUUCUUCUUCAGAGAAAUCGCCGUCGAGUACAUAAACUGUGGAAAAACUAUUUAUUCGCGAGUGGCUAGGGUUUGCAAGCACGAUAAAGGUGGUCCGCAUUCGUACAGGGAUCGAUGGACGUCGUUCCUGAAAGCUCGGCUCAACUGUUCCAUGCCGGGCGAAUAUCCAUUUUAUUUUGAUGAGAUCCAGGAUACCAGUGACAUAUUGAAUACGGCUCUGACCGGCAUCGUCGACCCGAUCGUCUACGGUGUGUUCAAUACACCCGUGAACGCCAUCAGUGGCUCAGCUGUGUGCAUGUUCAAUAUUAGCGAUGUUAUCGAGACUUUCAUGGGAUCAUUCAAGGACCAGGAGGCUAUGGACUCCAACUGGUUGCCUGUGAAAAAGAUCCCCGAACCCCGACCCGGGACGUGCGUAGACGAUAGUCGGACGCUGCCUGACAUUACAGUGAAUUUCAUCAAGAGCCAUUCGCUGAUGGACGGCGCGGUACCGUCGUUGUUCUCCAAACCGAUUUUCACUCGGAUAUCGCUACAGUCCAGGUUGACCAGCAUUGCGGUGGACAAUCAGAUUUCCGGCCUGAAGGGACAGUACUACGACAUUCUGUUUAUGGGAACUGACGACGGUCGAUUGGUCAAAGGCGCAUUGCACACUAACAACGGUUUGCCCGAGUUUGUCAACAUCGAAGAAGUGAAUCUCACCUCUAACAACACAAAAUCGCUUCCGGUCCGGACGUUGAAUAUCAUCAAGUCAGUCGAUGGCAAGCCGGGACGGAUAGUGGUCACAUUCGACCAACACAUCAUCUCCGUGCCGUUGGACCGGUGUUAUCUCAAGACGACUUGCCAAGAAUGUAUUGAUCUACAAGAUCCAUACUGUGCGUGGGAUGGGUCGCAUUGUGUUAACCAUUUGGAAAUCAAGAGUACGUCCAAACAGCAUUUUGUUCAAUCCAUUGGAUCAUAUCAGAGCAAUAUUUGCCCGAAAGUGCCUUUCGAUGACAAGAUCGGUCAUUCUUCGUCAAUAGACGAUAACAACAUCGAUUCGAACGUGCCGAGGUGUCCGUCGUGCGCGCCCUGCUACACCGAGAACGUAAUCAACAGCGAUAGUGUUAGCGAAAAGGCGUCCGAGAUGCCCGUAAUCUCUCUGGGCGACGUCAUCGGGCUGCUGAUGAUGAUGUGCGUGCUGGCCACGCUGCUCGUCGGGUUUGCUGCCGGUUUCGUGUGCUCGCGGUACUUUCGGCACUCCGCCGAUCCGUUUUCGUCGAUGGCCAUUCACGCCCAUCACCAGCUUAACCGACUGGCCGAUAUGAACGGGGCGGCGGAGAUCGGCACAGCUCCGUUCCUACCGUGCCCUAACAACAAGGCGCCGAUCAACCUGCUGGUGAACGUGACCAAGUGCAAGAACGACACGCUCGAGAAGAACUUGGACUCGGCGGUGGAGAACAAGACCCUUCAAAAGGUCAAGAAAACGUAUAUAUAACGAGCGUGUGUACGACGGACGGACGAGACGGCCACGACCGCCGCUUCCGGUUUCGUUUCGCCCGCGAACCGGAUAUGGCCAGAUGGAGAAAUACAGUGACUGAUUUCAACGACUUAUGCGCAAUGUGUGCGUACAGCGUACAAUAUUAUGUUAUUAUUAUUAUUAUUAUUAUUAUCAUUAUUGGUACGGUUGGACGGACGGCGGACAAGGCGAAUAAAAGAUCUCAAACUUAAUCAAAACGACAGUUAAAUGAUAUAAUAUAUGUAUGUAUAAUCAUGUUUAUAUAAUAUUACUGUAUGAUAUGCUUAUGGAGCGGCAGUUCGCAUAGACCCUUUCGCCGAGUAAGUCAACCGACGUUCAUUACCGUUUACGAAUGUUGUCAGCUCGACUAUCUAACGCGACAUGACACAUUCCUUAUGAUUAUUAUAUGAGCUUAUUAUUGACAAUUAUUAUUAUUAUUAUAAGUAUAACGUAUAUUGUAUUAUAUACGGUACGAUACACUUCAGACGCGUAAUGCUCCGCAACACGUUUUUUGUUAAAACUUAAAUAUAUAUAGGUACACACGCAGAUAAAUAAUAUAUUGAUUUUAUGUUGUAAUAUUAUUAGUAUUGUUAUUAUUAUUGUGAUAACUAUUGCAAAUAUUAUUAUCGAGUGACUCGAACAAAUUCCGAGUGAAGGGUAGUAUUCGCGUUGACACCAGCAAAUGCCGUGUUUGCCAGCGAACUUUGAACAUUGAAGAGGACCAAAUUUUCCCAAGGACUUGUAAAUUAUAUUAUAUGCUAUACAUAUUGUAUAAGUAUUCAAUGUGAAUCAUACUUGAAGUAUUAGCGUGAUUUAUUAUCGUUAUUAUUUAGUUUUAUUAUCUAUAUUUUUGUAAAUGGACACGAAUAACAAUAAUAUGAAAAUAUGGAAUCGAAAUGUACUGGGAUGAAUAGUGUAACAUUCAUUUUGAUAGUGAAGGUUUACUCCUUUCAAUCUCGAUCAUAAAAAUCAUGGAUGUGUAAAGGAGAAAAAGAAAAAUGUUAAUUAAUUAUUUAUUAUAAUUAUACAGUAUUAUUAUUUUCAUAAGAGUCGUAAUUUUGUUUGCGACAACUAUGUACAAGAACAAUACAUUAAAUGAUGAUUUUUACAUGUGCAAUACACACCUAGAUGCACACCCUUUUUUGAUCUCUAAAUGUAAUAUUCUCUAAAAUUUAAGUGUCUUUUGUAAUUGAUGUAUUUAUCUUGAAUAUGAUAUAAUUUGUAUAUUUUUAUUAGAUUAAUAUAUGUUGUGCAUAAUAUUAUAUAUAUUAUUAUUAUUGAACUUCCAAUUAUUGUAUAAAGGCAUAAAACGAUAUUUUAUAUGUUUAGAAUAAUAAAAUUAUUGGUUACCAAGGUUUAUAUUUACAUAUAAACAUAUAUAAACAUAUAUAGUAUUUAUAUAUUAUAUUCUGAUAAUAAUUGAUAUUAUUAUUUUUUAAAUAACUAGGAUAUUUUUUAUUUUUUAUUGUCUAUUUUUUUAUAUCUCUUAUUAUUAUGCUUAAUAUGUUAUAUUUUUUUUGUAUGGACCAGUGCAUUUUUUGCACUAAGAAAAUGUAUAGAACUAUUAUUGUUGAAAUAUAGUGCCUUAUGAACAGUUA